AUGACAGCUCUGCCGGCCCAAGAAAAAUCCGAUGAUCUGGAGGCUUCACCCACCUAUAUUGUGACAGACAUUGACACCCUCGAUGGGAACUUUGCAAGUUCCACUCCAGUACUGGCAAAGAGUUUCAAUCUCUUCAGUGCUUGCGCAACAGGAAUUACCACUGGAAAUGCGUGGGCUAUUCUGGGAGGUGCAAUUAUUGCAUCGCUCUAUAACGGCGGCCCUCCAGGAAUUAUUUAUGAGUUUACCGUAGCUUCGUUCUUCUAUUGUUUUAUUGGAGCAUCAAUCGCAGAGUUGGCUUCAUCCAUUCCAGCUUCUGGAGGAGUCUAUCACUGGGCAAGCGUAACUGCCGGGCCAAAAUACGGCAAAGUCUGUGCCUGGUUUGCGGGCUGGCUUAAUGCUUUGGCGUGGACCUUUGCGGUAGCCGGUAACGCUUUCAUGACGAGCAACAUGAUCUUCUACGCUUAUUCGCUCUACCACCCUAAAUUCAGCCCACAGCGAUGGCAUAUCUUCAUUUGCUAUCUGAUCAUGCUAUGGAUAUGUUGCCUCACGGUGAUGUUCGCUCAGCCAGCACUGGCAGCUCUUAGCCGACUUGGGUCAUUUUUCAUUGUUGCCGGACUCCUCGUCACUAUCAUCGUUUGCGCUGUCAUGCCGAGCAGAACGGGCUCUGGAUAUGCCUCGAAUGAUUUUGUCUGGAAAGAUUGGGAUAACUUGACGGGCUACUCAAGUGAUGGGCUGACAUUCCUGGCGGGUAUGCUGAAUGGUGCAUUCGCCGUGGGCGCUAUAGACUGUGUCACUCACAUUGCAGAGGAAAUCCCACAAGCAGAAAAGAAUAUCCCCAAAGCGUUGGCCUGUCAAGUAAUCAUCGGAUUCAUCACGGGCCUUUGCUACUUGGUCUCGAUCUUCUACGCCAUCAAUGAUCUACCGACUAUCAUGAGCUUGGAUUCCAUCUGUCCACUGGGUGACAUAUAUUUCCAAGCAACUGGCUCCAAAGCCGGUACAGUGGGACUUUUAACCAUGACUAUCGCGCCCAUCUUCAUCGCUACAAUUGGCUGUCUCAUUACAUGUGGACGCACAAUUCACGCCCUAGGUCGCGACGAUGCCACGCCGUUUUCUAGCAAACUCGGAGCCAUCAGUCCAAAGUGGCAUAGCCCAUUGUGGGCGACACUUGCCUGUGGUGUAUUCUUGACUUUCAUCGGUGCUAUUUAUGUGGGAUCGCUUACUGCAUUCAACGCUUUUAUCGGCUCGUUUGUUCUGCUUACUACGAUCUCGUAUAUUCUUGCUAUUUUUCCGCAUCUGCUCACUGGCCGGAAAAAUAUUCGACCUGGUCCAUUCUGGAUGGGUAAGUAUGGUACUGCGGUCAAUAUCGUUGCUUGCUCGUACAUUGUUGUGAGCUCUGUGAUCUACUGUUUUCCUUACUCUGUGCCCACCUCCCCGGAGGCCAUGAACUAUACCAGCGUGAUUACGUGUGGAUUGAUUGGUCUGGUGGGGAUUUGGUGGCUGAUGCAUGGAAGGAAGAAUUUCCACGGACCUCAGAUCGCUAUGUAA